CUUGCUUUCACAAUGAUAUACACACUGUCAUCCUGGCUGGGUCGAUUUUUCGACGCCGGCAAGAGUCUGCUGCCGCUACAGGGAAACUACAUCAAUGCCCUGCUCGAGCAUGAGCUGCCGGGCGAGCGUGAGGGCACGCUGACCGUGCGCGACAAUCGAACGGGCUCGAAGUAUACCAUUCCCAUUGUGCGGAACGCGGUGCCAGCCAUGGGAUUCCGUCAAAUCUGUGUCGACCGUGCAGAUAAGACCCUGCGCCAGCAGUUUGAGGAUGGCCUUAGAGUGAUUGACCCGGGCUAUCGCAACACGGCCGUGAAGAUGUCGAGCAUUACAUACAUUAAUGGCAACGAAGGGAUCAUCCUGUAUCGCGACCAUCCCUUGGGAUCCCUCAUCGGCAAGAGCUACGAGGAGAUCACACACUUGCUUAUCUGGGGAUCUUUGCCCACUUCGGAGCAGCGCCUUCACUUCCAGCGCCGAAUUGCGCAGGCGAUGGUGGUUCCGGACAACGUGUUUCAGCUCAUCGCAUCUUUCCCACGCACCACGCCUCCUAUGGUAGUCCUUGGCGCAGCACUGACGGGGUUUCUGGCGGACCAGCCCGAGCUGAUCCCAGCCCACGCAGGCGCGAACCUCUACAACAAGCGGCCAGAGAUGGUCGAUGCACAGAUAAUCCGCACCCUGGCGAUUGUGGCUGUCAGUGCUGCACUUGCUCACUGCCACAUGACUGGCCGCACAUUCCGAAACCCGGACCUGAAUCUCAGCUACAUUGAGAACAUCUUACACAUGGGAGGAUUCGUGGACGACAACGCGGCUGUGACGCCUGAGAAGGCGGCCGAGAUCCUCACGAAGGCAUGGGCUCUGUAUGCGGACCAUGAGAUGACCAACUCGACGUCGGCCUUUCUCCACACCUCGUCGACACUAACCGAUCCGCUGUCAGCAAUGGUGGCGUGCGCGAUGUCCGGAUACGGGCUUUUGCACGGAGGAGCGAUCGACGCAGCCUACAAGGGCAUGCGCGACAUCGGUGGCGUUGAGAACGUGCCCAAAUUGAUCGAAAGGGUCGUCAGAAAGGAGUGCCGACUUUCUGGGUACGGACAUCGGAUCUACAAGCAGGUAGAUCCGCGGGCCAAGUACGUGCGGGAGAUGCUGGACGAGCUGACGCGGAACCGCGAUAUUCGCGAGAUGGACCCGAUCCUGCAGGUGGCAAUGGAAAUCGACCGAGUUGCCAGUACCAAUGAGUACUUUGUCAAGCGAAACCUGCAGGCCAAUGCGGACCUGUACGGGAGUUUCGUUUACACAGCGCUGGGCAUCACUCCCCAGUUUGCGACAGUGCUGGCUGCGUGCUCGCGGGUGUCUGGUGUGAUGGCACAUUGGAAGGAACAGACAGAACGCACUCCGGACCUUUGGCGGCCUCUGCAGGUGUACGUCCCCAACUGA